UUCUCCCCGCCCCCUCGCCUGUGGCUCCUCCCCCUUUUCCCUGUCGCGUUCCUCCUGUGCAGCCCCGCAUCCCCCUCCUCUGGCUCCUCUUCUUCCCUACCGCGAUCCUCCUUCCGGACCCCGGACCCCAGCCCGCGUCUGGCUCCUUCCCUUAUUUCCUGCUGUGCUCCUCCUUACCGACACCACCCCUCCGCCUCUGGCUCCUCCCUUCUCUCCUGCCGCGCUCCUCCUUCACGACCCCGCCUUCCUGCCUCCGGCUCCUCCCCUUCUCUUCUGCCACGCUCAUCCUUCCCGCCCCCGCCCCCGCCCCCGCCCCCCGCCUUUGGCUCCUCCCCCUCCCCUGCCGCGCUCCUCCUUCCCGGCCCCGCCCCCCUGCCCUCCUCUGGCUCCUCCCCUUCCCCCCCUGCCGUGCCCUGGCAGGAAGAGGGCGUGCCAGGGCCGUUGCUAGGAUACGACCAACAGCUGAGAACGCGGCGAGUAUGGAAGCUGCUUCUUAGGAGCCUGGGAAAGCACUUCGACGAGAAUAGUUGGGUUUCGUACACAGGAAAAUGUCUAAUCAGCAGGAGAAGUAUGAAGCUCAGAAUAUAGCCAAUUCAACAGAAGAAAGUAAUGAUGCUUUUGAUACUGUCACUAUUCCAGUUGCCUCAGAAGAGCCUCAAGAGUCAGAUCAAACUGAAGAGCAUGAAUCUGGGAUAGAACAAUUCAGUGAGAGCCGUGCAAUACAUGUUGAGGAGCAGAAUGACCAAAGCUCUUCAAGCCUGGAACCAGACAAUGAACAACUCAUGGAAGAGGUUAUAUCACCAAGACAAGUUUCAUAUACUCCACAACAUCAUGAAAAGCAGUGUGCAAUGCAGAGGCCAAAUGAUGGUAGUUUGGCAUUUCUAGAUAGAAUAAAGUCUAUAAAGGAGUCUUUGCAAGAAUCAAUGGAAGAUUCUCUAGCAACAGUAAAAGUUGUACUUAUUCCAGUGGGCCAGGAAAUUGUAAUACCUUUUAAGGUUGAUACCAUUCUUAAAUAUCUUAAGGACCAUUUUUCACACUUAUUAGGUAUCCCACAUUCUGUACUGCAGAUAAGAUACUCAGGAAAAAUUCUUAAAAAUAAUGAGACUCUAGUACAACAUGGAGUUAAGCCACAGGAAAUUGUACAAGUGGAAAUCUUUUCUACAAAUCCAGAUCUGUAUCCAGUCAAAAGAAUAGAUGGAUUAACUGAUGUCUCUCAAAUCAUAACCGUCACUGUCCAAACUGGCCUUGAUCAAUACCAGCAGGUACCUGUUGAGAUUGUCAAAUCUGACUUUCACAAACCAUUUCUUGGUGGAUUCAGACAUAAAAUAACAGGAGUAGAGUAUCACAAUGCUGGAACACAAACUGUACCUAAAAGGAUUCCCGAAAGACUCAGUAUAUUUUGUAGGGAUACGCAGACAGUUUUUCAGAAAAAAAAUCUCCAACAAACUACAAAUACAACAUCCACACAGAUGACUAAUAUUGGUGUAUAUGUAUCGAAUAUGACUGAUAAACUGGUAACACCAGGAAAGUAUUUUUCAGCAGCAGAAUACCAUGCUCAAAGACUAAAGGCGGUGAUAGUGAUACAGACUUACUACAGGCAAUGGCAUGCUAAAAUCUUCGUAGAGAAUUUAAGAAGACAGAAAAGCUUAAGAUUGGAAUGGGAAACACAGCAAGAACUAAGGAAGAUAAGCGAAAAAGAAGAAUGGAUAAAAUUGGACUAUCACCGGAGGCAUAAUCCUAAAACAAAUGAAGAUUUUGAAUUUCUUUAUAAUGCAUUAGAAUUCUGGCGGCAAGAAGAACUUACACGUAUUAACCAGUCUUUCACUGGAGCUGAAAGGAAAGCUGCUCUGUGUGAACUUCUGGAAAAAGAGACUCAGAUAAUUGCUUCCAUUGGGAGACAUAGAUACAUUGCUUGUAUGGCAAAUCAGGAAGCAGCAAUACAAGCUUUUUUGGAUAAGUGUUCAGCUCCAAAAAUAUGGAGAACUCCUAAUGGCAAAACAAUUGAGAUGGAUACACAGUUCACCAUCAGAGCCAGAGAGCUGCAAAAUAUCUAUAAGUGCAUUAUGCUGAAAAAUAUCUCUCAAGAUGAGAGGCUGGAUGUGCUCUUAACUCUUAAACACACUGUAAAGGAACAUGAAUGUAAACUAACUCAGGAAAUUCUAGAAUUGAUUGACAGAGAGGUUGACCUUAUGAUGAGAGGAGUCAAACAUCAUAACCUUGAAGGACUCAGAAAAAGAAUUGCGACACUCUUUUUUCAUUAUAUCAAAACACCUCUGUUUAAUCCUGAAGUUGCAAAACACCUUAAGGUCCCUCAAGACCCAUUGAAAUUUUAUAAGAAGAUUUACUUUUGCCACAGUUGCCAGCUUUAUUUGCCUUCUACAGAAUUUUCUGUAUCAUCCAACUCACGCCGCAUAUACCGGUGUCGUAACUGCAUUAGCCUUGAGAAUGAGGCUCAAAAACGAGAAUCAUUUUUGAAGUACAAAUGUUUACUUCAACAGCUCUACUAUACAGAAGCUGAUUAUGAAGAUGAUUCUAAAAUUGCUUUCUUGAUGCAGCUACAAGACAUUCAGUACCUGACAGAGAACAUCUGGGCGUCCCAGUCAGUCCUCAGUGCCUGCGACAAUCUCAGUGAUCUGGUCAUGAUCAGAUGGAAUAAAUCCCUGGAGUGGUCCCCCUGGAACUGUAUUCUUCUUACCAAAGAUGAAGCGGCUGCUCAUCUCAAGCUAACAAGUAUUGAAGAGGGAUAUGAACGCUCAUUUAUUCACAAGAUCAAACACAAACAUAUCCUGGCUAAGAACUAUUUUUCUCAGAUUCCAGUGCUGGCUUCAUUUAUACUUGAUGAUGGUGAAAUUGAUGAAAUCAGAUGGAAAUAUCACUCAGACACAACACCUAAGAUUAUAGAAUCCCAGAGGCCUCCUCCUUAGAUGAUCCAGGAGUAUUUGUUUGAUGAUCGGCAUUUUGUUCACUGCUAAUAGGGUAAUACAGAGGUCACAGAGUAUGGAAAUGGAAUUUAAUCUGUUUAUUGAUUUUGUUUUUUGUUUUUCAUAGUAUUUUGAGUUAUAUAAAGAUAAAACAUUUCUA